AUGAAGCUUUUCACCAUCACUUUGCUGGCUACUCAGCUUUCGGCCAUCCUCGCCGCACCCGCUGCCAUCCAACAUGACAGCCGCGCCAUUGUCAGACCCCGGUCUCCCCAUGCUCGCUUCUCUCUAGUCGCCACGGUGACUUCAACCAUUGUUCCUAGCCAGACCAGCGCAGCGGCUGGUGGAGGUGCAGAAGGUGGAGAAGGCGCAGAAGGCGGUGAAGAGGGGGCUGAAGAUGAGGUCGAGCAGGCAGGAGAGUUCGAUGUCCCCAUUGUCCUUCCAGGAGGAAGCAAGGUCGAUACUCUGUAUCCUCCAGGCCAAAACGGCGUCUUCGAGAUCGAGUUCCAGAACGCCGAAGACCGAACCCUCACCGUGACCCAGAAUACAUCGCCCGCGGCUCCUCCAGCAGGUUUCCGCGCCGUCGAGCCCGUCUCCUUCAUUGUCAAUCUCGCCGAGGGCACCGAGGGCUUGACGCUUCAGAAAGUCGAUUACAUCUUGAACGCCAACAGCACCCUCGACAUCAGCACUGGCGCUAUCGGGCGCUUCUGUACCGAAGCCGGCGCCUUCGUUAUCGACCCGGCCGUUGGUGAGUUGGAGUUUGAGGUCGAGGAGAACGAGCUGCUUAUCAAGGUUGACAACAUGAAUGGCGAAUGGGGUAUCUUUAUUCCCGACGCUGCGGCAACUCCCGCUGCUGGUGAGGGGGCUGCUCCUAGCGAAGAGGCUACCCCAGGUGGUGAUGCGGCUACUCCUGGUGGCGGUGCGACACCCGACACUAAGCAGCAGUUGAUCGACCUUCUCCUCGGCUUGCUUCAGUAA